AUGUCUAUCUUUAAACGCCAGCAUAGCAAUGAAAAUAUAUCAGAUAUAGGUACACAAAUAAAAAUACCAAAACCUGCUAAUCGACUAAGAUUAUUGAUUGAACAAGAAAAUAAUAAUUCGGGAAAACGAUUACAUUUAAAAGGUCGUGAUACAUAUCCAAUUUCAAAUGAUUUAUAUGAAUUAACCGAUUUAGAAAUUCUUGAUUUAACACCUGAAUAUAAAUCGGGCAUGGCUUUUACAAUUUCAAAAGUACCGCCUGAAUUUCAAUGUUUGAAAAAUUUAAAAAUUCUUCAUUUAGACAAUAGAGAAUCAUUCAUUAAUAACAUCCUAAAUUUUAUCCUUUAUUUUUAUUCUAUACGUACUAUUCAUAUUUAUUCAAACAUCGUUAAUGAUUGA